CUUCUUAGCUUAGCCUUACCCACAUUUGUCUCUCUUCAUGAAACAGAGCACUCUGUUUCUCUUUCUCUCCGCCAUGCCUCGUCCAGGUCCCAAGCCUUACGAUUGUGUCAAAAGAGCUUGGCACAGUGAAAUACACCAACCCAUCAGAGGAACUCUCAUUCAAGAAAUUUUCAGAGUCGUCAACGAGAUUCAUGGGUCUUCUACUAAGAAGAACAAGGAGUACCAAGAGAAGCUACCCGUUGUCGUGCUCAGGGCAGAGGAAAUUAUUUACUCUAAAGCCAAUUCCGAGGCCGAAUACAUGGACCUUUCAACACUUUUGGAAAGAACAAAUGAUGCUAUUGAUACAAUAAUUCGACGUGAUGAGCAUACAGAAACUGGAGAGUAUUUGCGCCCUUGCAUCGAAGCUGCUUUGAGUUUGGGUUGUUCCCUUACAAAAACUUCAAGGAGUCAACGCAACAAUCAAAGAUGUUAUUUAAGUCGCAACAAUGAAGGGGUUCCCAAUCUUUCUCAUGUCACGAAUAUAGAGGCUCAUAACACAAAGUCACAAUAUGUGUGUGAGAAUGUACCUUCAGGUAGUAAAAAGCAGUGCGUGGAACAUGAAGGGCAGCCAAAAGUUUAUCCUCUGUACCAUGGGAACAACAUCCAACUUGAGAAGCCCCAACAUGCGUUUCAAGUAUCACAUGUUUCUGUUUCUCACAAUGGUGGACCUACCCUUAUGGGUGGUGCUAACAAUUUCCUAACAUAUAACUUACAAGGAUCCCAAUCAUUCUUUUUUAGUGGCGGUUUUGACAACUCAUGCACCAACAAAUGUGAUCUUUCGUUGAGGUUAGGACCCCUUUCUGUACCUUCCCAUAGUAUUGAAAAUGGUCAGAUUCAGGUAACUGAAGUGAGAAACAAGUUAAAUGUUGGAGCCUCCCAGAAGGGUAAAAAGUUGGAGCUUAGAGGACAAUUCCGUGAGAGUGCAACCAACAAUAGUACGAUAAAAGAAUGCAGAUUUUAGAAGUUUGUUUGCAGCCUUAGGUAGUGUGUAUGUACUAACUUUGAGAAAGUGUGGUCUCUAGACUUUGUGCUUUGCUAUGUUUCUUGAAAUGGUUAGGCCUAUGCAUUUGUGUAAUCUAGAUGUUCAUCUCAACUUUGUUUCUGUAAAUAACAACUUCCAUCGAAAUUAUAACUGUGAAUUAGUGUGUUGGUUUUGCAUAAA